AUGGCGGGGUCGCCGCUGCUCUGCGGGCCGCGGGCCGGGGGCGUCGGCCUUCUGGUGCUGCUGCUGUUGGGCCUUCUUCGGGCACCCUGUGCACUCUGCGCGCGCCCGAUAAAGGAGCCCCGCGGUCUGAGCGCAGCAUCGUCGUCCAUGGCUGAGACUGGCGCUGCCCGCCGCUUCCGGCGAGCAGUGCCCCGAGGAGAGGCGGCAGGUGCGGUGCAGGAGCUGGCGCGGGCGCUGGCGCACCUGCUGGAGGCUGAACGGCAGGAGCGGGCGCGAGCCGAGGCGCAGGAGGCCGAGGAUCAGCAGGCGCGAGUCUUGGCGCAGCUGCUGCGCGUCUGGGGCGCCCCCCGCUCCUCGGACCCGGCUCUCGGCCUGGACGACGAUCCCGACGCGCCCGCGGCGCAGCUCGCCCGCGCCCUGCUCCGCGCUCGCCUGGACCCCGCAGCCCUCGCAGCCCAGCUUGUUCCCGCGCCCGUGCCCGCGGCGGCGCUCCGACCCCGGCCCCCAGUCUACGACGACGGCCCCACGGGCCCGGAUGUGGAGGACGCCGGCGACGAGACGCCUGACGUGGAUCCUGAGCUUCUGAGGUACUUGCUAGGGCGGAUCCUCACCGGAAACGCGGACUCUGAGGCUGUGAGCGCUCCACGCCGCCUCCGCCGGGCCGCUGACCAGGAUCUGGGCCCUGAGGUGCCCCCUGAAGGCGUACUGGGGGCGCUGCUGCGCGUGAAACGCUUGGAGACUCCCGCAUCCCAGGCCCCAGCGCGUCGCCUCCUACCACCCUGAGUACCGCCUGCAUCCAGUGCGCCCUGGGACCCAGGAGCGCCCCGAUCACUCCUACACCCAGCCAGCUCCCCACCCGAUUACCCCAGCCAGCCCAACCAAGGUGGCUGCCCUCACAACCCCCAGAUCCCUGCCCCCUGACCCCACAAUAAACACCAUC